UGCGGGCUGGUUGACACCGACGGACUGGCCGCCCUCACAGCGAGAUGUGCUGAAGGGGAGACGGGCUUAAUCAGAGUUUAGCUGGCCGCCAUGCAGAGCACCGGGCUGCCACAGUGAACCUCGGUUUAUUUAUUUUAUACGGGAUAACGCGAAUGUCGCAGGUGGAUAACGCAGGGAAAUGAGUAACAGGAUGGAGGGUUCGGCGGGACCGGGCGCCAGGGUGAACGGACCCAUCGCGGCGCCCAGCUCCCCGGUGGGCUCCACCAUCGGCCCGCCUCUGUCCCCGGAGGAGCUGGAGGAAGAGUCCCAGUCGUCCCUGACGGACGUCACCCAAAUGUGGAUUAAAUUCGGCAAGACCUUCGCCAUCAUCUUCCCGAUCUACAUCCUGGGAUACUUCGAGUUCAGCUUCAGCUGGGUUCUGAUCGGACUCGCCAUGUUGUUCUACUGGAGGAAGAACCACGGCAGCAAGGACUACAGGAUAAACCGGGCCUUAGCGUUCCUGGAGCACGAGGAGAAAGUGGUGAAGCAGAGUGUGCCCACUGCCGAGCUGCCACCAUGGGUCCAUUAUCCAGAUGUGGAGAGAGUGGAGUGGCUGAACAAGACGGUGAAACAGAUGUGGCCGUUUAUCUGCCAGUUUGUGGACAAGCUGUUCAGAGACACCAUCGAGCCGGCGGUGAAGGCCGCCAACCCUCAUCUCAGCACCUUCUGCUUCACCAAGAUCGACAUGGGCGACAAGCCGCUGAGAGUCAACGGGGUCAAAGUUUACACGGAGAAUGUGGACAAGAGGCAGGUCAUCAUGGACCUGCAGAUCAGCUUUGUCGGGAACACGGAGAUCGACGUGGACAUCAAGAAAUACUACUGCAGAGCUGGAAUCAAAAGCAUCCAGCUUCACGGAACGAUGAGAGUCGUGAUGGAGCCUCUGCUGGGGGACAUGCCUCUGAUCGGAGCCCUGUCCGUCUUUUUCCUCAAGAAACCGUUGCUGGACAUCAACUGGACAGGACUCACGAACAUGCUGGACAUUCCCGGUGUCAAUGGUCUGUGUGACAACAUCCUCCAGGACAUCAUCUACAGCUUCCUGGUGCUGCCCAACCGCAUCACCAUCCCCCUGGUGGGAGAGGCCCAGCUGGCCCAGCUACGCUUCCCCAUGCCCAAGGGCGUCCUGAGGAUCCACUUCCUCGAGGCCCAGGACCUGCUGGGUAAAGACAAGUUCCUAGGGGGGCUGAUCAAAGGCAAGUCGGACCCGUACGGAGUCCUCCAGAUCGGGACCCAGCUCUUCCAGAGCAAAGUCAUCCACGAGACCGUCCACCCAAAAUGGAACGAAGUGUACGAGGCGUUGAUUUACGAUCACUCAGGACAGAAUCUGGAUGUGGAGCUGUUUGAUGAAGACACUGAUAAAGACGACUUCCUGGGAAGUCUGAUGAUCGAUCUGGGCGAGCUGCAGAAGGAACAGAAGGUCGAUGAGUGGUUUGUGUUGGAGGAUGUGGCCACGGGGAAGCUGCACCUCAGGCUGGAGUGGUUAUCUCUGCUGCCCACACCUGAGAAGCUGGACCAGGCGCUGAUGAGCAUCAAAGCCGAUCGCGGUCACGCCAACGACGGCCUGUCGUCGGCGCUGCUCGUCGUCUUCCUGGAUUCAGCCAGAAACCUGCCUAGCGUCUUCGAGGGGAACUUGGGCUCUGGCUACUUAAAAGAGAGGCGGGCGGCGGGCCUGGUGUUUUGCGAGAACACUGCCUCUCUCUAUAGGACCCUAUUUCGCAAUCCGUUAGAGUUCAACCAAGCGGGGCUGAAGAAGGCCUCGGUCAGUAAGGCCAUCAAGUCCGGUAAAAAAGUGACUAGCGUUCCGAGUCCGUUUGUCCAGUUCACAGUCGGACACAAGUCUUACGACAGCAAGACCAGAUAUAAGACCAAUGAGCCGGUGUGGGAGGAAGCCUUCACCUUCCUCAUCCACAACCCCAAGAGCCAGGAGUUGGAGGUUGAGGUGAAGGAUGAGAAACACGAGUGUUCGUUGGGGACGUUAAAGCUGCCUCUGAGCCGCCUGCUGGAGGCGGAGGACAUGACGCUGAACCAGCGCUUCCCCCUGAAGAACUCGGGACCGAGCUGCACCGUGAAGAUGAAGAUGGCUCUGCGGGUGUUGUGCUUGGAGAAGGACACAUCCUUGCCCUCAGACUCCACCCCGUCCUCCGUACAGGUCCGUAAGUCCAGCAACGCCAGCAACCCCACCCCGCAGCCCUCCGUCUCCUCUGAGUCCCCCAGGCCUCCCUCCUCCAGCUCCGACAUCCCUCGCUCGGCCUCGGUGUCCGCCCAGGACGUGCUGAACCGGAGGAGGGAGGGCGACGACUUCUUUAGGUCUGUGGGAAGCACAGACUUGGGGCAGGGUGGAGGAGGAGGAGGAGGAGGAGGAGGAGGAGGUCACGGCCUGGCAGAGGCCGGGAGGAGCACCUCCAACCUGGCCAUCUCUGGUUCCCAGCAGUAUCUGGCUGGAGGCAAGGAGCCGACGCCCAGCAUCGCGUCGGACAUCUCCAACCCCUACGCUGCCCAGGAGCUGCAGCUGAGGCUCCAGCAGCUGCAAAAUGGUUCGGGCCCCAGUCACUUCCCACUGGGUGAGGUCCAGCUGACGGUCAGACACAGCUCCCAGAGGAACAAACUCAUCGUGGUGGUUCACGGCUGCAGAAACCUGAUAGCGUUCACCGACCACGGCUCGGAUCCUUACGUCCGCCUCUACCUGCUUCCUGACAAACGGAGGUCGGGCAGGAGGAAAACUCACACCUUCAAGAGAACCCUCAACCCGGUUUACGAUCAGACGUUCGAGUUCACUGUUUCCCUCGUGGAGCUCCACAGGCGGACUCUGGAUGUUGCCGUGAAGAACGGUGGAGGCCUGCUCUCCAAACACAAAGGCCUCCUGGGAAAGGUUCUGGUGGAUCUGACCCACGAGGACGUCAGCAAGGGUUGGACACAAUGGUUUGAGCUGAGUGAAGACGGUCUGAAGAAGCCUAACCAACUAUAGACGGCGACAACGGGAACCAUCUUCAUCAUCAUUAUCUUCAUCAUCAUCAUCAAUCCUAUCACCACACUUCCACUUUACACACUUCCUCUUCCGUCUACAGCGUGGCUCUUUUUGUUUUUUUAUUUGAUUCUCAUCACUUGUACGAGAAAAGGAACCAGAAAAGCAGCUUUUGACAUUCAUUUAAUCACAUCAGUCGCAAGGCAAACCUCCCCUUUAAGAAGUGAAAGGCUGAUAGACUAAAGGGAGUAUACAACAUGUAGAAUACUAUAUAUUACAUAAUGUACUGCUGUGGAAGUCUAUAUUCCAUAUUUAUAGGAGAUAAUUGUAACAGCUGUAGAGGAAGACAAUCUAUUUUUGUGCCGUCGCAGCGGCUUCCUGCCUCCAGUGUGGGUAAAGGACGAGGAUGUACAGGUUUGUAAAUAGACAGGACGAUGCUGGACAGAACGGUGUAUGCUAGAGAGAACAGAGAGCAGCGGUCUCUUACUUGGCCAAAUGAUUGUUUGUAAUUUUAUGCGAUUAUUAUUUUUUAUUUUUUUUUAAAUGAAAAACAUUCUGGACAAAGUUUUUUUGAAGCGGAGCCGGCGGGCGGGCGCAGGGAAAGACGCCACCAAAGAGACGAGAAGUAUUUCAAUCUUUCGCCCUCGGGGUUUUUUUUGUUUGUUUGUUUUUGGUAACGCAGCCUGUUUUAAUUCACUGUAAUAACGAGUGUGUUAAUGAAAGGAAAGGACCGUGUGUUAAUGAAAGGAAAGGACCGUGUGUUAAUGAAAGGAAAGGACUGUGUGUUAAUGAAAGGAAAGGACUGUGUGUUAAUGAAAGGAAAGGACUGUGUUAAUGAAAGGAAAGGACUGUGUGUUAAUGAAAGGAAAGGACCGUGUGUUAAUGAAAGGAAAGGACUGUGUGUUAAUGAAAGGAAAGGACUGUGUGUUAAUGAAAGGAAAGGACCGUGUGUUCCACCUGUUAAUACGCCGGUUGUUACACACGAAUAAGGCCGCUGUUAAGUGUUUGUUUUUUUAAACUGAAUAUUUGCACAUCUGUGUUGUUUUUUUAAUCUAUUGGGGAUCAUCUUUAGUUCAACGUUGCCUCAAUUCUUUUAGCCAAAACAAUUUCUGACCUUAAAUCUAACAAAAAUUAUACGUUAAAAAGAAUUAAAGUGUUUAAAUAAUAUAUCUUUUAAUGGAAUAUCUACAGCCAUGAGAUUGUUAAUUAAAGGGAAAUGGUCUGAAUGCUAAGCUAAGCUAACUGAUUGCUAUCUUAAUGUUUAACACUGUUCUCAAACUUCUCAUCUAAUUAUUGGUCAGGAAAAAAAAUAUUUACCAAAAUCUUAACUUACAAACUCAAGUGAUUAAUUUAACCCAUUAUAUUAUUAUAACCCACAUUUUCUUCAUUUAUCUAAAGCCACUAUUAAUGAGGUUUAUGAUUCCUCACUUCAGCGCCAUCUGGUGGUAAUAGUAAGAAAACUCACUGUGACAACCAAACUGUAAAUUCUCAUCUCACCAGACCUUUAUUUGGAACAGGCUUGUAUUAGAGACAGUCUUUUAUUUCUAAUUUCCUCUGUUUUCCCCGAGAAAUAUGAAGUAAAAACUUAAUGUUUACCUUUAAAUUAAUAAUAUUAAUAUAGGUUGAGAGCAACAGUCUCAGUUUCUCUUCUCACACAGAAAUUCAGUUUUUAUUAAUUCAGUUCAAGUUGUUCCAUUUUGCAGUUUUUUCCUUAAUCAUGAAGAAAAACACUUCCUGACAGUUUUUCACAUUAAAAGUCCUGGUCUUUUAUUGUGCAACAUCUGCAGCCUGUAUUUGAAGAACCUUAAUGUGUCUGUGCGGCCCGUCCCUCGGCUGAGACCUCACCAUUAUUUACCAUUGUUAUAUGAGAAUUAACCCUUUACACACCUGCACAAACACUGAGGGGAACGAGCUGAAAGCGCCACAAAGACUUUCACCGAACAAACAAAACCUUUGAAAGACGCUUUUAUUCACAGAAGAUUUCUACAAAUAGUGGCUUUAAAAAGUGAGAAAAUGUCCGAAACUAAGAAAUGAAACAUUAUGUCUCAAUGGGCUUUAUUUAGUUUAUUUUCAGUGAGGUUGUUAACGUGAUAAACUCGACUACAUUCAUUCUGAGUUCUUCACAUUGUGUUUAUGAGUCAACAUUAGUCUUAACUUGUCACGAAAUGUAAUUUUUGGCACGUUGUUGUGUCUUAUUUGUUUGUUCAGUUACACGCAAAAUAUGCGCAGGAGUUACGCUGGGUUUGCUUCGCGGGCAGCAGACUUUUAUUUUGAAAUGAGAAAACCGAAAUCUGUUACCGUUUAUAAAUAUGGGGAACGAAACAGGACGUUUCUUUGUUUUCUGUUUUUGUUUUGAAAUCAAGAAACAGAAAAGUGGCUGUUUUAUUGGUUUUCUGUUUUUUAUUUUCAAAAUAAAAGUUGGAAAACUGUUUAUUUUGAAAGCAAGAAAGGAAAACAGAUUGUCUUUGUUUUAUGUUUUUUUUUACUUUCAAAACAAAAGUUUUUUUAUUUUGAAAACAAGAAGUGUUUUUUAAUUUUCUUUGUUUUUUUUUUUAAUUUUCAAAACAAAAAAUGGAAAACAGGUUUCGUAAUUUCUUUUUUUUUUUUUUUUUAAAAUCAGAAAACAGGUUUGUUUUCUGUUUUUGGUUUUCUCAUUUCAAAACAAAAGUUCACCCACCAUUAAGACACAGACCAGAGUUUAAAAUGACAUUUCUCUUUUUUUAUAUCUAACACACACGCACACACACACACACACACACACACACACACACACACACACACACACACACACACUGUGUUCACUCACAUAUUAAACGCUGCUUCCACGUUACAGCACUCUCUCAUAAGGGAUUCACAUCAGUAACCACACGUAUCAUUCUUGGUAUCAAGCUCUAAAGCAAUGCACACGUUAUCUACGCGGCCCUACGAAGCCAAAGAGCAGCAGUUUGUGUCGAUACAGAGGAGGCUCGUGUGACCUUUGACCCUCAACACACAAAUAUAGACUUUUGCCUUGUUGUGUUCAUAUCUCGCGUCAAGAAAGUAUUUUACAUACGUGUACGUAAACUGUGCCGUUCUGCAUUUUAUGUCUCAGUGUUUUUUUAUUUGUGUUUUCCAGCCGUCGCUCUCUUGCUCUCGUCCUGUGUUUUAUUUUGUAAGAAUCGAACGGUUUGUGUGUCAGCCAUUGGAUCUGAGUGCUACGUGCCUCUGGGGUGGACUCGUCUUCUCCGUCUUCUUAAUUUAUCUUGUGCCUUAAACUUCACUCGACCCAGAGACAUUCACAUGUAUAAAGAACCAAGUUUCCCAUGUUUCAGAAUGUCUCCUUAAAUGUCUUUUAAAACAAAUAAAGAGCUUUAGCUGGCUAUAGCGGCAGCUGUACAGCA